GGGGCCCUCCCUUGUCCGCGGCGACGGCGGCCGCGCUGAGUCGCGAUAGCGCUGUCGCGACAGAGGCCGCGAAGGAGCGCGACAGCGCCUGCGCUGCGUCCCGUCGUCGCGGAGCUGUCUGUCGCUGAUUGGCUGGAGGCUGCUCGGCGCUGGCGUUGAUUGGCUGGAGCCUGCCUGCCUGCGAGGUAGUUCGGCGAGCGGAACCAAGAUGGCGGCGGCCGCUCUGGCUGUGUGCGGGCUGCUGGCGGCGCUGGCGGCGGGCGCUGAGGGCGGGCCCCGCACGCUGGUGCUGCUGGAGAACGGGAACCUGCGCGACACGCACUCAAUGUUCUUCCGCAGCCUCGCGGACAGGGGCUUUGACCUCACCUUCCGGACAGCGGAUGAUGCUGGCCUGUCCCUGAUAAAAUAUGGGGAAUUCCUGUAUGACAACCUCAUCAUCUUCUCCCCAUCCAUAGAAGACUUUGGUGGGAACAUCAAUGUGGAGACCAUCACUGCAUUCAUCGACGGCGGCGGCAGCGUCCUCGUUGCAGCCAGCUCAGACAUCGGUGACCCUCUGCGAGAGCUGGGCAGCGAGUGUGGGAUCGAGUUCGAUGAGGAGAGGACAGCGGUCAUCGACCACCACAACUAUGACAUCUCUGACCCCGGCCAGCACACGCUCAUCGUGGCCGACACUGAGAACCUGCUGAAGGCCCCCACCAUUGUGGGGAAAGCAGCACUGAACCCCAUCCUGUUCCGAGGAGUUGGGAUGGUGGCUGAUCCCGACAACCCUCUGGUGCUGGAUAUCCUGACUGGCUCUUCCACUUCCUACUCCUUCUUCCCAGAUAAGCCCAUCACUCAGUACCCGCACGCGGUGGGGAAGAACACGCUGCUGAUCGCGGGGCUGCAGGCGCGCAACAACGCCCGCGUCGUCUUCAGCGGCUCCCUCGAUUUCUUCAGUGACGCCUUCUUCAAUUCUGCUGUGCAGAAAGCGACUCCCGGCUCCAAGAGGUAUUCCCAGACAGGUAACUAUGAGCUGGCCGUGGCCCUGUCCCGCUGGGUGUUCAAGGAGGAGGGGGUUCUGCGCGUGGGUGCCGUGUCCCACCACCGCGUCGGGGAGCUGGCGCCGCCCAGCGCGUACACCGUCACUGACCUCGUGGAGUACAGCAUUGUGAUUGAGAAGCUCGCUGACGGCAAGUGGGUGCCCUUCGAUGGGGACGACAUCCAGCUGGAGUUCGUGCGCAUCGACCCCUUCGUGCGCACCUUCCUCAAGAGGAACGGUGGCAAAUACAGUGUGCAGUUCAAGCUGCCGGAUGUCUACGGCGUGUUCCAGUUCAAAGUGGAUUACAACCGACUGGGAUACACCCACCUCUACUCCUCCACACAGGUGUCCGUGCGUCCCCUCCAGCACACGCAGUACGAGCGGUUCAUCCCCUCAGCAUAUCCCUACUAUGCCGGCGCCUUCUCCAUGAUGGUCGGCCUCUUCAUGUUCAGCAUUGUCUUCCUGCACAUGAAGGAGAAGGAGAAAUCUGACUGAGCUCCCCGUGGGAGCUUUUUCUUGGCGUCAGGAGGGCUGGGCAGUGCUCGGAGCCUCCUGUGUAUCCAUGUGAGGACUGGUGGGUGCCGGAUGUGCUGUGGGGCUGUGUUUGAUCUUUUUUAUUUUUACAUCUGGGGCGUUACGGGCAGUGAAAAUUAAACUUUGUGGGGAGAAGCUGUUGCCAAAAUGUCUGGAAACCCAGGAUCAGGAGGCUUCUGGUUUACUGAUGAGUCGUGAUGUUUGCUUCGCUCCACUGAUUUGGAUUGGAGAAGGGUUGGAAUGAUUUGGAUUGGAGUUGGGUUGGAAUGAUUUGGAUUGCAGAUUAAUUCCCAGUUCAAAAUAAAGUCUCGUUCUCCUCACCCUG